CGACGGUGAACACGUGGAAGGCGAUGUUACUUGGGCUGACAAAGGAGAUCAUGACAGAGUUUCUGGGGAUGUUUAUCCUGGUACUCUUUGUACGUGGUUCAGUAGCCCAGGCGAUGUUCACUGGAGGGGCUUGGGGCAACCUCUUAACCUACAACAUGGGAGUUACUCUGGGACUCAUGUUGGCCAUUUACGUUGCCAGUGAAGUGUCAGGAGCCUACUUGAACCCUGCAGUCACCUUGGCCAUGGUGGUCCUGAGGAGGCUGCCACCGAUGAAGUUUCCUUUGUAUGUGGCGGCACAGUUCCUGGGUUCUUACGCUGGAGCCCAUGUCUUCUAUGGGUUGUACUAUGAUGCGUUGAUGGCAUAUACUAAUGGAGUAUCUCAUGUUUCUGAUGCCAAUGGCACAGCCCACAUCUUUGCAUCUUGUCCUAUCGAAUAUAACUCAGUCCUAAAUGGGUUUCUGGAUCAGGUGAUUGGCACAGCCGCUCUCAUCGUGGGCAUCCUGGCCUUCACGGGCGAGAACAACAGCGGCAAUCCAAAAGGCCUGCAACCUCUGGCCAUCAGCCUGAUCAUCAUAGCCAUCGCAGUGUCCACGGGUCUGAACCCCGCUCCCCUCAACGCAGCUCAAGACAUCAGCCCAUGGCUCUUCGCGGUUGUGGCCGGCUGGGGCCUGGAUGUGUUCAGAGGUGGAGAUUCCUGGUUUUGGAUCCAGUUGAUAGGGCCCAUGGUGGGUGGAGCACUUGGAGCUGGCAUUUACGCUCUCUUCAUGGAGUGGAACCACACUGAGCAAGUUAUAGAAGAGGAGAGAACUACUUUCACGGCAUUGUUUGAAGUCAUGGCCAUGAUUUAA